AUGACAUAUAAACUCUGUAUUCGUCAACAUGUAUUUUAUUUAGGAAAAUCUUUUGAUGAAAAAGAUUUACAAGGUUUAUGUGGUGUUAAUAAUGGAACAAAAAAGAAAGAUCUGGAUAAAACAGGUUAUAAAGGAAUUGGAUUUAAAGCGGUUUUUGGAAAAUCAGAUUAUGUUAUUAUUUAUUCAAAUGGAGAAUAUUUUCGAUUUGAUUCUUCUUAUCAAAUAAAAUGGAAUAAACAAUGGGGAACUAAUGAUCAACAAGCAUGGGAAAAAAAUAAUGAUCGACAGUUUAUUUAUCCAUGGCAAAUCAAUCCUAUAUGGACUAAUGACAAUGAAAUACCAAAUCGAAUUAGAAAUUUUCUUAAUUCAAAAAAAAAACAAAUCCAUGUGGCUUAUGCAAUUUUAUUAAAUAAUGUUGGAGAAAUUCAUUUAGCUAUAGAUCAGUUAAAACAACAACCAUAUAUGUUUCUUUUUCUACGAAAUAUUUCUCGAAUAACAUUUUUAACACAAUUAAAUGAUACGAUUUCGAUUGCUCGUCAUUUCAGUCAUGGUUUAAAACAAGUUUAUAUCAAUAAAAAAAUUGAUUCACAAUGGAUUAUCAAACGCUUUGAAUUAGAUGUUCCAAAGAGCAUACGAGAUAAAUUAGUUGGAGAUUCUAAAGCACCUGAAAAAUUACGAUCGAUAGAAAAAGCCGAAAUGUUUUUUGCCGCAAAAUAUAAAGAUUCAACAACUGAUGAAAAUGAAGAAAUGAUUAGUGGUGGCAUAGAAAAGUUGCGUGAUCAAGAUUCAAUUCUCUUCUCUUAUUUACCAACUAAAAUUUCCGAAUAUAAAUUUCCAGUUUUAAUCAAUGCUAAUUUUCUAACAAAUGUAAAUCGAGAACAAAUUCAUACAGAUUCUGUGUGGAAUCAAUGGUUAUUUAAUAAAAUAGGUAGUGAAAUAUUUCAAUGGAUAAUAGAAUUAGUAAAAGACAAGAAAUUUCGUUCUCAAGCUUAUCGUUUGAUUCCAUCAAAAUUAACUUUAAUAAACAACAUUUUAUCGAGACAAUUCGAUGAUUCAUUUGCGGUGACUAUUAAAAAUUGUAGUUUUAUUCUCAAUAGAAAAAAUCAACUGUUAAGGGUUAGUGAAGCCGUUAUGGAUUCAACGUCAAUGUCCAAACAAUCAUCAUUUGUUGAUAUCAAUUCAAUGCGUGAGUAUAUACACAAUAAUAAUAGGUAUUAUUCCCAGUAUGCUGAUUAUCCAUUUAUUGAUUAUGAUCAAAAUUUAUUGCGAGUUGGUGUUAGACAAUUUACUUGGGAUGAGUGUAUUGUCAUGUUUAAAUCAGAUAUAUUUCUCAGAACUCAUUCACCAGACAAAAAUAAACUAAUGAUCGAAUAUUUUUAUUCAAACUUUUCUAAGAUCGGUACAGCUAAUGAUAUAAAUAUUAAUAUUGAACAAAUUCCAUUUCUCAUGGAUCAAAAUAAUCAUUUACAAUUAAUCAAAGAUAUUUAUUUCCCUGCUGAAACCAUUGGUGAUAGUGGAACAAGUGAUUCGGAUAAUUUAUUUAUAAAUAAAAUAAUAUUCGAUUGGUUAAAUGAAAAGACUCAAAAAUCAAUAAAACAAUGGUUACAAACAUUAGGUGUUAUUCAACGAACUGAUUUAACUUUUUUAAAUAAAACAGUUAUUCCAAAUGCAUCAACUUAUAUUACAUCAGAAAAUGCUCUAAAAACGAUAAAAAUGUUAUUUAUGUUAUUUCAAAAACAUGAUAUUGAAAAAAAGGAACUCAACCAAUUAAAAAAAUUAAAAUUAUUAACAACACGUGGAACAUUAAUAGCAGCUGAACAAUGUUUUUUCUGUGAUCAAUACAAACCGCGAUUGCCGCUUGAAGAAUAUUUAAAAGCAAAAGAAGAUAAAUUUUUAUCUUUCGACUAUAUUCGUCUUGAUGAAAGAAAUUUAAAAGAUAAUCUUGAUCGUAUACAAAUGAUAUAUUAUCAUAUAUUAAAAGAAAUAUAUUUUUGGUCAUCCGAUGAACGAAAGACAAUGAAAACACAAGCAAAAUCCUUUUAUCUAUUAACUGAAAACGAUCAAUGGAAAUUGGCUAAUGAUUUAUAUCUGUAUAUGGAGGGUAAUGGAACAAAUAACAAUUUAAAUGAUGCAAUUCCAUGUCUAAAACUUGAUUAUAAAAAUAGAAAUCAUUCACAUUUGAAUCAAUUUCUGGAUUUAUUUAAUAUAAAACAAAUUAAAAUGAAUGAUUUAAAACUUGUUGAUAAACAAUCUUCCCCUGCUGAACACUUCAGAAGAAAACUAAUUGAAAUUUCACCAUUUCUGAAGAAAUGGCUCAAAAAUUCAUCUGUUUCCUCCGAUAUUAUCUCGGUAAUCGACAAAAAAAUUCAACAAGAAAAUGAUUUUAUAGAAUCGGAUUGUUUACAAUUAUUUUACAAUCAAAAAUUUGUUCAAGAAACAAAUGUUUAUUUUGAUAAUAAAUAUAAACAAUUAUAUGUUAGACGACCAUGGGAUAGUGAAACAACAUUUAUAGAUCUUCCCAAUAAAUUAUGUCAAUUAUUAAAUAUACGAGGAUUUGAAAAAAAUAUUCGAUUUUUAUUAAAAGGAACAAUUGAAGAGAUUCAAAAGCACUUCACUACAAAUUCAAUUGAAAUACCAACUAAAAAAGACAUCGUUAUCUUAGAACGAUUGUCAAGAUCUGAUAUUCUUCAACAAUCAAAACCGUCUGCCACACCUUCACCUAAGUCAACUGAGACUACAACAUCUCCACCCGAGUCAAACAAAUCUACCUCUUCUAUUAAAAACAAAGAAACCCGUAGUAAUAAACAUGAAUAUACUACAGAAACGACGGGAACAUUUAUUGAUAAUUCAGCAAAUCGAAAAUAUAACACUGAUACUGUACUUGCCUUACAACAGCUUAAUCAAGGUUUUCCACAAUAUUAUCCAUUUUCUUGUUCUGGUAAUUAUGUGUUAAUGGAAAUUAUUGCUUAG